UCCCUGCUUUUGGCGCGGUGGUGGCAGCUGUGGCGGCCAUUUUGGAAUCCCUUCCACCGCCACUCUUCCCGAAGGAGUCGCCGCCGCCGCCGCGUAUGACGUUCCUGCCGCCCAUUGAUUCCUCCCUCGUCGUCCUUUCGCUAGCCCGACCACUUUUCUCGUCCUAAUUCGACGAGGACGACGGACACGAACGCGUUGUCUCCCGAAGAAGCCUAAAAGCCAAAAGCCCGCUCUCCCUCCCGAGCCGUUAUGGCGACUGCUACCCCAAGUCGUGAAGCUGGCCGGCCGGCGGCUUCGUCGUCGGCCUCCUCGACGCCCCUCUCACCCACCCGCAUUUCUCGCCUGCAGGAGAAACAGGACCUGCAGCACCUUAACGACCGACUGGCCGUCUACAUCGAGCGGGUGCGCUCACUGGAGCUCGAGAACGACCGGCUGCAGGUCAAAGUGUCAGAGAAAGAAGAGGUCACCACCAGGGAGGUGACCAGCCUGAAGCACCUGUACGAGGCCGAGUUGGCGGACACUCGCCGGGUUCUGGACGAGACGGCCAAGGAGCGCGCCCGGCUGCAGAUCGAACUGGGAAAGGCGCAGGCCGACUUGGAAGAGGCCACGCGCAGCGGCAAGAAAAAGGACGGCGACCUGGCGGCGGCCACGUCCCGGGCCGCGGCGUUGGAAAGUAAGCUGAACCAGAACGAAGCGGCGCUCUCCACCGCUGUGGGACAGAACGCCGCGCUCACCUCCGACCUGGUGGAAGUCAAGGGCCUGCUGGCUAAGGCGGAGGAUAGCCACGCCGUGGCCAAGCGGCAGCUGGAGGCCGAGACCUUGAUGCGCGUGGACUUGGAAAACCGAUGCCAGUCGCUCAGCGAGGAGCUGGACUUCAGGAAGAACAUGUUCGAGGAGGAGGUUCGGGAGUCGCGGCGCAGGCAAGAGCAGAGAAUUGUGGAGGUGGACUCGGGAGUCAGGCAGGACUACGAGUUCAAGCUGGCGCAAGCUUUACAGGACCUGAGAAAGCAGCACGACGACCAGGUGGCGCUGUACAAGGAGGAACUGGAGCAGACCUUCCAAGCCAAGCUGGACAAUGCCAAGGUGUCGUCCGCCAUGAACGACAAGGCAGUGUGUGCGGCCCGGGAGGAGCUGCAAGAGUCCCGCGUGAGAAUCGAAAGCCUGGGCUACCAACUGAGCGCCCUCCAGAAACAGGCGGCGGCCGCCGAGGAGCGCGUCCGGGACCUGGAGGACAUUCUGUCUUCUGAGCGCGACAAGCACCGGCGCAUCACCGAGGCCAAGGACCACGAGAUGAACAACCUGCGCGAGCGUAUGAACGCCCAGCUCUCAGAGUACCAGGAGCUCCUGGACGUCAAGCUCACGCUCGACAUGGAGAUCAACGCAUACAGGAAGCUCCUCGAAGGGGAGGAGCACAGGCUAAAGCUGUCUCCCAGCCCGUCGUCCCGCGUGAGCGUCUCCCGCGUGUCGGGCUCGUCCUCGUCCCGCGCCACUAAGCGCAGGCGCGCCGACCCCGAGUCGGGCGACGCCUCGGCGGGGCGCGCCCGGGAGGUGCUGCUGGCGUCCGAGGAGGACGCGGCCAGCGGCGCCGUCUCCAUCGCGGCCACCGACAUGGACGGCAACUCGGUCACUCUGGCCAACAACACGGAUCAGGACCAGCCUUUGGGAAACUGGAGACUGAAGAGACAAGUGGACGACGGUGACGAGAUUGUCUACAAGUUCUCGCCAAAGUUUGUUCUUAAGGCCGGACAGACCGUCACGGUGUGGUCUGCGGACGCAGGCGUGGCCCACAGCCCACCCUCUGACCUCCUGUGGAAGAGCCAGGCUUCCUGGGGCACAGGAAACGACAUCAUCACCAGUUUGGUCAACUUUGACGGCGAGGAAGUGGCCAGACGGAGCGUCAGCAAGAAGGUGCAAGUGGAGAACGGAGAGGAGGAAGAGGACGAGGCUGAGGAAGAGGAGGUGCCAGUGGUGCACAAGAAGGCCAGAGUGGCGUCCAGAGAGUGUGCGGUCAUGUGAAACCACCGUCAGAGCCAACUUGUCCUGUCCUGUCCAUGGCGUCCAGACAAACACCUCCUGUUUUUUUGGUUUUGUUUUUGCUUUGUUGUUAGCCAAAAGCAAACAUUCCCACUAGCGGGACUCCUCAUUGAUUUUAUUCCUCAAGGGCUUCCAUUGCGCCGCCACUGAGUGUUGAUUUUUUUUUUUUUUUUUUUUGGAAUGUUUAUUCUUGCUAUUUUCUUGUAUUAUCAAUGUGUUUUUGUUUUUUGGUUUAUUUAGCCCGCACGCCAAAGUUCUUACAGAUCGAUUGAUUAUUCAUCAGAGCGCUUUCCUCGUAUUCAAACACUACAAAGAUUUCAAACAAAAUGGACCUUUGGGAAAUUUCUGUCGGAGGAUUUUACAUACGGUCACAAAACUUUCUGUGGGAACUGAGGCUCGUUUUACGGAAGGUUGUGGCGUUUAGUCUGAGGGAAGAGGGUUGGGAUAAAACGGUUGGACAAAAUUCUGUUUUAAAUCAGAAUUGACUUGAAUUUUCACCUUUAAGGCCAGAAUUCUGAAGACGGUCGGAAUUCGGGCUUGACUUCUCAAUUUUGAACUUGAAAUCUCAAUUUGAAGGUGAGAAAUUACUUGAAUUUUUCAUUUCGGGUCUGAAUUCGGACUUGAAUUCUCAAUUUCAAACUUGAAACCUCAAUAAAGUCAGAAAUGACUUUAAUUUGUCACUUUCUGGUGUGAAUUCCAGACUUGAAUUUGUCAAUUUCAGGUAUAAAUUAAAGACUUGAAUGAUUGAUUUCAGGUCUGAAUUCAGAGUUGAAUGAUUGAUUUCAGGUCUGAAUUCAGAAUUUGUCUAAGUCAGGUCUUAAUUCAGAAUUGAAUUUUUCAAUUUCAGAUUUGGAUUUAGAAUUCAGAAUAGAAUUCUCGAUUUUAAGUCUGAAUUCAGAUUUGAAUGAGUCAAAUUCAGCUCUGAAUUCAGAAUUUGUCCAUUUUUAAUUAUUGAUUUCAGGUCUGAAUUCAGAAUUUGUCAAUUUCAGGUCUGAAUUCAUAAUUUGGUGUCUGAAUUAAAGAUUUGAAUUCUCAAUUUAAAUCCAAAAUUGAGUUUUCAAUGUCAGGUCUGAAUUCAGAAUUGACUUCUCAAUUUCAGGUCUGAUUUCCAGACUGGAAUUUGUCCAUUUAAAGUCUGAAUUUUCCUUUAAAUUUCUUUCACUUGCCCUACUUCUCUUCAGUACACCCCGACAUUUGCUCGCCUACACCUUUGUCAAAUUAAAUCUGUUAUUUUAUUCUAAAUUUUAUGCUCAAACCUAGCUUUUAUUUUGCAACUACACUAGAAUGUACUAUCCUCUUUUUUUUCCUCGCCCGAAGAAAUUCCUCUUAACAUAUUGACCGCAAUCGACAUCCGAUCCAUUUGAACGGAAGUUCAUUCGCUGCCAGCGCCUCGCAGUGGAAAUGGAUCAGAUGUCUACAUCAUGAAAAACAUUUAAAACAUGGCUCUAGACCCACAAACCACACCCCGAUUCGACGUCUACCGCCGUCAAUGGCACCAAAACACUCCCACAGAAAGUUUCCUGAAGCGACGCAGACACAACCACACCCAAAAAAUAUUUAAACAGACUUCUCACGCCUCCCGGAUUUGCCGUUUUUGCGUGUCCGUGUGUUUUCACGCCAUCUUUUUACACAUAGACGUUAUAGUUAAGGUUUUUUUUUUUUUGCCAGUGUAAUCCGUUUGUUUACAUUUUUUUUAGUAUGACUUAAACUUUGGUCUUAAGGAUCCCGGGGCGAAUGACUUUGGGUGUUUAUGAGUUACUUUGAAUCGGCAAUCUGUACGGCGCCAAAAACUGUUUUCAGGGGUUAGCCGGUGCUAACAUUUGCAAUUUUUUGGGUCAGAAUUCCCACACUUUAGUAAGGUUUUAGGCAGUAGACGUACUGCGACAUUGUAGAAUGUGAUUGAACGUAAGCACCCAAGUUUUUAGUGCCUCGGAGACCUGUUUUGUUGUGUGCGUGUGUUGGGUGGGUGGGGUUAGUUGGG